CAGACCUGCAUCAGAGCGGUCCUAGUGUUUAUAUCGGUCGGUCGGGACGAUGGGGAGGUCUCCGUGCUGCUGCCACGACGCCGGCGUGAAGAAAGGCCCGUGGACGGAGGACGAGGACCGGACGCUGGUGGAGCACAUCCAGAAGCACGGCGGGCACGUCAGCAGCUGGCGCAACCUGCCCAAGGCCGCCGGGCUGAACCGCUGCGGGAAGAGCUGCCGCCUCCGGUGGACCAACUACCUCCGCCCCGACAUCAAGCGCGGCAACUUCACCGACGAGGAGGAGCGCCUCAUCAUCUGCCUCCACGCCUCCCUCGGCAACAAGUGGUCGACGAUUGCGACGCACCUGGAGGGCCGGACGGACAACGAGAUCAAGAACUACUGGAACACGCACAUCCGGAAGAAGCUGCUGCGCAUGGGCGUCGACCCCGUCACGCACCAGCGGUUGCCCCCCGACGACAUCCUCAACGGCGCCCUCGUUUCCCCCGGCCUCUCUGAGGCGUUCCUCUGUGCGGCGGCAAGCCUCGGGGACCUGGACACUGCUCUGAGGCAGGCGCAAGUGCUGCAAAUGUUGCUGGAGGCCAUCAGCUCUAACAAUGGAAGCGCUGGUGUUCUCAUGGCCAACUGCAACUUAGCUGCAGGAAAUGCAAUGCUUAACGCAAGUAGCAUUGCUCCAAACUUCCAGGACCAGAUGAACCUCUUGUCUCACGCGAACUACCUGCCAGCUGGUUAUCUCGGUGAUACCACAAAUUUUGCAGGGCAAGACAUGGUGCAGCACCUGAGAGCUUCGUCUCCAGUGCUCUGCAGCUCCAAUGCAGAGCCGACUGGUCAGUACUGUAACACUGCUGCUACAUUGGUACGCCCAGUUUGUCCACAGGAAGUGGCAGCUGCAGUUGACCAGCCGGGGCAUAGUUUUGCCGACUUGUUGGAGCCCAUGGAGAUGCCGAGUCUAUGCUCUCUGGAGAACGAUCCUUUCUGGAACGACAUGCUAGACAGCAGCUUCCGUCUAUGAAUUUCUCAUGCGUGAAAUGGAUGUGUUGGCGGUGUCGUACACUUGCACAAAAUUUUAAACAUGUAAAAUUAAUUAGCUUCACACUCGCAAAAAAUAGUUUCAUGUUAUUAUUAGAUCUAUCAAUGAUCAGAAACAUAGCAUGCAUACUUCAGAGCUCAUACAUCAGUCAUCUGUUUGUAGUGAACUCUGACUCUUGUAAUAGAUUCGGCUUUGAC